GGGCGGGGUGGCAGAGUCCGGCGGCCGAGCCGAUGGCGGCAGAGCCGGAGCCCGAGGGGCGCGCGGCGGCGCGGCCGCUGCUCUCCGACCUCUACCACAUCACCAUGGCGCUGGGCUACUGGCGCGCGGGCCGGGCGCGGGACCCCGCCGACUUCGAGCUCUUCUUCCGCCGCUGCCCGUUCGGCGGCGCCUUCGCCCUGGCCGCGGGGCUGCGCGACUGCGUGCGUUUCCUGCGCAGCUUCCGCCUGCGGGACGCAGACGUGCAGUUCCUGGCCUCGGUGCUGCCCCCAGACACGGAGCCCGCGUUCUUUGAUCACCUUCGGGCCCUCGACUGCUCCGGGGUGACGCUCCGGGCCCUGCCCGAGGGCUCCCUUGCCUUCCCCGGCGUGCCGCUGCUGCAGGUGUCCGGGCCGCUUCUGGUUGUGCAGCUGCUAGAGACGCCGCUCCUCUGCCUAGUCAGCUACGCCAGCCUCAUCGCUACCAACGCAGCACGGCUUCGCCUGAUCGCGGGACCAGAGAAGCGGCUGCUGGAGAUGGGGCUGCGGCGUGCCCAGGGCCCCGACGGGGGUCUCACGGCUUCCACCUACAGCUACCUGGGCGGCUUCGAUGCCAGCAGCAACAUGCUCGCAGGACAGCUUCGGGGCGUGCCGGUGGCCGGAACCCUGGCGCAUUCCUUCAUCACUUCCUUUUCAGGCACCGAGGUGCCCCCUGACCCGAUGCUGGCUCCGGCUGCUGGCCCGGGCCCCAGGGUGGACCUGGCCGCCUGCGUAGAGGCAUGGCUGGAGCGUGUGUGCGCCCACCUGGGGCUGGGGGUGCACGAGCCGCACCGGGGGGAACGAGUGGCCUUUGUGGCCUAUGCCCUGGCCUUUCCCCAGGCCUUCUAUGGCCUGCUGGACACCUACAGUGUGCAGAGGAGUGGUCUCCCCAACUUCCUGGCAGUCGCCCUGGCACUGGGGCAGCUGGGCUACCAGGCAGUGGGCGUGAGGUUGGACAGCGGUGACCUGCUUCAGCAGGCCCAGGAGAUCCGUGGGGUCUUCCGGACCAUUGCGGCCCAUUUCCAGGUACCCUGGCUGGAGUCGGUCCCCAUCGCUGUCAGCAACAACAUCGACGAGGAGGAGCUGGCCCGGCUGGCCCAGGAGGGCAGUGAGGUCAACGUCAUCGGCAUUGGCACCAACGUGGUCACGUGUCCCCGCCAGCCUUCCCUGGGCUGCGUCUACAAGCUGGUGUCCGUGGGAGGCCAGCCACGAAUGAAGCUCACCGAGGACCCUGAAAAGCAGAUGUUGCCCGGGAGCAAGGCUGCCUUCCGGCUCCUGGGCUCUGAUGGUGAGGCCCCUCCCACCCCUCGGUGGUCCCCCUCAAGGUCCCAGGCCCCCCACGUUAUUCUUGGCGCCCACCCCACUACACAUACACAUACAGGGUCUCUGCUGUUGGAUGUGCUGCAGUUGGCAGAAGAGCCACCACCCCAGGCUGGCCAGGAGCUAAGGGUCUGGCCUCGAGGGGCCCGGGAGUCCUGUACUGUGAGGCCGGCCCACGUGGAGCCGCUGCUGCGACUCUGGGUCCAGCAGGGACAGCUGUGUGAGCCCCUCCCAUCUCUGGCUGAAUCCAGAGCCUUGGCCCAGCUGUCCCUGAGCCGCCUGAGUCCUGCACACAGGUGGCUGGAGCAGCCUGCACUGUAUCAGGUCGCUCUGUCUGAGAAGCUGCAGGCCCUGGUGGACAGACUGAGUGCCGGAGGCGCCCCGUGAGAAUCCUGUGGUGGAAGCUGCCUGAAAUUAACAUGAGUCACUCACUGUCCCC